AUCCACUAGAAAAGCACACUUUGUUUAAGUCUAAAUUCUAAAAGUGGGUUAAAUAUUGAGUGUAUAAUAUGCGAUAAAAAGAGCUUUAUUAACUUAAGCGUAAAGUGAAGGAGGCGCGCGAAUGAACAACAAAAAUCAAUAAUAGCUAAAAAACCCAAAGCAAAUGCGCAAAACAAGCUAAUUUUUAAUCGUCUAAUUAAAUAAUUUAUACGCGUUGUUCAAAAACAGAAUGCAAAUAAUGCGAGAUACAGUCACAGCGCCCACCAGAUAACAUAGCGUACGCCCAAAAAGACAAGCAACCAACGAACAACAACAAACAAUAACUUUGUUUUUGCUGCAUCUGCCACUGUUUGUUGUUGUGUCUGCACCGAAAAAAGCACCAAAAAAAGGGGUGCUAACUUUAAAAGUCGCAAUUCUCUAGACCACCCCUCCAAUGAACACAGCUCAAUCCAAGGUGCAAGUGGAUGCGCCGCUCGUGCAGCUGGAAGAUGAGGCGGACCUCAUCGGAGAUUUCAUCAAGGAUCCAACACUUGCAUCUGCAGGGUCAACGACAACCGCUUCGAUGGUGCCAGUAACGAAUCAAAUUCUACCGGUGCCCCUUAUAAAUGGCUAUGAAACGAACAAUGUCAAUCAACUAACAACAAAAGUGGAGGUGAGUGGCAGCAACAAAAGAAAAAAAAUUAACACGAUUGGUGUGCAUGGGAAAAGCGCCAACAAACCGCGACCAAAGAGAAAGGUUAAAAGAGAGCAAGUGCUUUUAUCAGUCGACGACGAUGGUAACGACGGCGACAACGAGGUCGUCUUGGAUGCCGAUGAAACAGAUCGUUUUGUCUUUGCUGGUGCGGGAGGUGAUGGUGAUGCGCAGAUACCAAACGGUGAUAACAUUAAAAUUGUGUCAGAGAAGAAUCAACAAAUCGAGCAACUGCUUCUGUUACACGACGAAGACGACGACGAUGAAGAAGAUGUUUUGUUGCACAAAAGCCCGCCCAACAAUGUGAGCAACGGGAAAACUAAACCAAUAAAGUUGGAAGGGAACAGUGAGAGCGUUAGCGACAGUUCAAGCACUACGCCACAACCACCCAUUACGGUUAGUCACAUUGCAACAGCAGCACGCCGCACAGCAACGAGUUCCUCGUCUUCGCCUCAGAUAGUAGCACACGAACGCUUUCCUCUGCACGAGGACGCUGACGAUAUUUGUCUUGUGCCCGAAAUUGAUUUCGAAGGCAUGUCCACGGACGCAGGAAGUGUGCAUGGAGAGUCACAGCCAUUACUUGGCGGUAGUCAUGGUAGUCGCAUUAGUGAACUACUCGGUGGCUUGGGGCGCGGUCAUGAUCAUUUGGACUUGGUGUCGAACACAUUUGGCGACGACCCACUCUUUUCGGAAAUUGUAGCACAGGCCGAAUAUGCCAUCGAACAGGGUGUACUACCCGAGCGAAUAUACCAAGGCAGCAGUGGUUCCUACUUUGUCAAAGACUCCUCAGCUCGCUGCCUGGCUGUUUUUAAGCCAAAAGAUGAAGAACCCUAUGGCCGACUGAAUCCCAAGUGGACCAAAUGGAUGCAUAAGUUGUGUUGUCCAUGUUGUUUUGGGCGAGCCUGUUUAAUACCGAAUCAGGGUUACUUGUCUGAAGCCGGCGCAAGUCUCGUCGAUCGAAAGCUCAACCUGAAUGUUGUGCCAAAGACGCGCGUGGUAAGACUAGUAGCAGAGAGUUUUAACUAUGCGCGUAUCGAUCGACAGAAGGCCAAGCUAAAGAAGCGCAUCAAGGAGCAUUAUCCGUCGGCGCAUUUCAAUCGCAUGAGUUUACCGCUUAAGACUGGCUCCUUUCAGCUGUUUGUCGAGGGCUACAAAGACGCCGAUUAUUGGCUUCGUCGUUUCGAGAGCGAGCAAUUGUCACCGGCUCUGGCCAAAUCGUUUCAGCUGCAAUUUGAGCGUCUGGUUGUGUUGGAUUACAUUAUACGCAAUACAGAUCGCGGCAAUGACAAUUGGCUCAUUAAAUAUGUGGCUCCCAAGGUGCUAAACUUAGUGGGUGGCACUGGGGGAAAGAGUAUGGCCAGUGUGCCACGUGCUGCGCAACCAGCCACUCAAGUCCUCGACAUAAAUGGCACGCUCUCAACUGGCAGGCCAGAUGCUGAGCUAAUACGUGCCGCUGGCGGUGUUGUGCCCAUGCCAGCGUCUAUGGCACAUGACACCCCUUCGAAAAGGGAAAUACCCUCAGCGAGUAGCAAUUCCAGCAGCGAUGAAGAGCGUCCAACAACGAGCACUUCACCACAGACUACAAUAAAAAAGGAGGCCGAUUGGAAUGUUGUGGAGGCGCCGCAAAUCAAAAUUGCCGCCAUUGAUAAUGGCUUGGCUUUUCCAUUCAAACAUCCUGAUUCUUGGCGUGCAUAUCCAUAUCAUUGGGCAUGGUUGCCGCAAGCAAAACGCCCCUUCAGCGAGGACAUUAAAGAGCUUGUGCUGCCUCAGCUCUCCGAUAUGAAUUUUGUGGAGGAAAUCUGCACAGAUUUGCUGUACUUGUUUCAGCAGGAUCGCGGCUUCGACAAGCGUCUUUUCGAACGACAAAUGUCUGUGAUGCGUGGCCAGAUAUUAAAUCUAACGCAAGCGUUACGGGAUGGCAAGUCACCAGUGCAGUUGGUGCAAAUGCCCGCGGUUAUUGUGGAGCGGUCCAGCGGAAGUCGUUUCUUUUCCUUCACGCAGCGCUUCCAGAACAAGAGUCCGUUUUUCUCGUGGUGCUAGCCUGGGCUCAUCAGAUAUAUAUAUAUACAUAUACAACACAUACUUAUACCCACCCGUACAUCAGGCCUAGCGUACAGCGCCUUAUAAUUGUCAUCGUCAAGUUGCCAUUGUCCUUGUUGUAUCGUCUAACGUUUUUAGUUAUAGUCAUUGUUAGCCGCAUGUUAAAUUCGUUUGUUUUGGCCACAAAAAAGGAAAGUUAUAAAAAUCAUAUGCUAUUUAUUAACACGAAGUACAUACAUAUUUAUGGUUAUAUACA